AUGAGCGAGCAAUACCAGAAGAAGGAGCUCCUGGAGCUCAUGGCGACUGGAGGGAACAGACGUUGUGUAGAUUGCGGUGCUCCCAGCCCACAGUGGGCGUCUGUCUCGUAUGGUACCUUUGUGUGCCUCGAGUGCUCUGGCAUCCACCGAGGAUUCGGAGUCCACAUCUCAUUCAUUAGAUCGAUCACUAUGGACAAGUGGAAGGAUCUCGAAAGGCUCAAGAUGAAGCUUGGCGGGAACGAUAAAUUCCAGUCGUUCAUGGAGAACUACGGGGCCGAUGGCGGCUACACCAAAGGUAUGGAUAUCAAGGAGAAGUAUCAUUCUUGGGCAGCUGCUCAGUAUCGGGACAAGCUCACCGCGGCCUGUGCCGAUCCGCCACAAGAAUGGUCCCCCUCUCCCCGGCCUGCCGACUUUCAGAUGCCCUCCCGCCCCGCCUCGGCUCAGGCCACGCGCAAGUCCCGCGCUGGAGCUGGAGCAGGCGUCGGAUCUUCCCUCAAUCCCGCGUCUCGCUCCGUCACGCCCCAGCCUCCCGCGGGGAGCGGCAAUGAAGCCUUUUUCGAGCGGAUGGGCAACGCCAACUCUUCUCGUCCCGCGGACCUCCCUCCGUCCCAAGGAGGCAAGUAUGCGGGUUUCGGAUCUACGUACGAGCCCGAACCCCUCCACCCUGCUGCGUACGGUACGAGCAGCCACGCCGUUCCUACUCUUGGAGAGUUACAGGCGAACCCCCUCGGUGCGCUCAGUAAAGGCUGGGGACUGUUUUCAUCGGCGGUAGCCACUUCCGCGCGCGAGAUCAACAACACGGUCGUCCAGCCCGGUGUGGCUCGAGCGGCGGAUCUCGCUUCUACCGUCGGAAGCUCCGCCACUACCCGCUCUACCGCGGGCGGGGAGCAUGGACAGGGGCAGCUUGACUGGCAGUCGUAUCUCAACACAGGGCUCCAAGGGGCCAAAGCAGCCACAACGUGGGCCGGGCAGAGAGCCAACGAAGGUUGGAGCGCCGCGAACGAGCUGGCAAAGGAAAAGGGGGGCGUGGAUCUCAAUGAACAGCUGGGCAAGCUGGGCAUUGCGGGUGGAGGUGGGCAUGGCGGACGCAAUGGGACGGGAAUGGGGUAUGGGAAUCUCGAUAGGGCGGAACAUGGAGAGCAGGGGGGUUAUAAGGACGAUUUCUUUGACGAGUGGGAUGAUGCGCCAGGGUCAGGGAGUCAUCUGGGCGGCAGCGGCGGAGCGGCAGGGUCGGCGUCAGGUGCAGGUGCGGCGGGCGGGGCCAAGGUGCAAGGACAGGCAGCGGGGAGGCCGAGAAAGGAUAGUUGGGGCAAGGAGGAUGAUGAGUGGAAGGAUUUCUAG